GACAAAGCAGACGUGUCAUUGAUCACACUGACAUCACGGACAUUCGACGGCGCAAUCAGCGACGGCAAUGUUUGGUUAAUUGAAUUUUACGCGCCCUGGUGUUCACAUUGCACCAGCUUUUUGCCAACCUACAUUGAAAUUGCGGAAGAAUUUCACAAAUCAGACAAAAGGAUCAAGGUAGCAAAAAUAAACGGCAGUGAAGAGAAAGCGCUGGCAUCAAGAUUCGAUGUUUACGGGUUCCCGACUUUUUAUGUCAUAGUCGGUUGGAGUGUGUACUCCUUUGAAGGACAGCGGACGAAGCAGAAUUUGAUAAAGUUU